AUGGCCGGGUCGAAACUGCGGAGCGGCACUGUGGUGGGCGACUUGGCAGCACUGCUGGAGUCCGGCUACGACUCUGACGUCACCCUGGUGGCCGGCGAGGCAAGAAUCGAGGCGCACAGGCUGAUACUGUCCGCCCGGAGCCCCGUCUUCGCCGCCAUACUGCGGCGCCACCAGCGCGAAGCCUCCCUCGAGAUCCCAGACACGGAGAAGGACGUCCUACGCCAACUGCUGACCUUCAUCUACACCGACGAGGCGCCCGAGCUGGUCAGGAUGGCCCCACAGCUGCUCGUCGCGGCAGACAAAUACGACCUGCAGGUCCUCAAGGACCGGUGCGAACAGCAGCUGAUCGCAGACCUAGACGUGGAGAACGCAGCGGACAGCGCCGUCCUGGCAGUCGAGCGAUGCUGUCCAGAGCUGAGGCGGGCCGUCGUCGGCUUCAUCAGGAGCCACUCUCUCAGCGUCAUGGGCACUCGCGGCUGGAACGACGCCCUGCACAGCCACCCCAAAGCCCUUUCGCAGGUCUCGCGCCUGGUUUCAGCCCCAGCACAAACGGAAAGCAGGACCGCACUCCAACGUGUGGGAAGUUCCCAGGAAACCUACAGAGCACCCAGGGGUCCUGAGGAUCUGGCCAGUAGGCGCAUGCCAGGAUUGGUGAGAUCCAAAUCUCAUUUGGGUGGCUUUGCCCCUAUGGACGAGCCCCAAAGUCCGAACGACUUGGGCUCAAGAGAAAAGCCUGAAUCCAGUACUGCUGACUCUGGUUUGACUGACUGGCUUGCCAUGCGAAUGGCUAAAGCAACUGGAUCUAAGUCUGGUCCACUUUCUCCACACUCUCAGACGUCAGCACAAGAAUCACAGUCCUCUGGCAAGUCCUCUUCAGCUGAGGACAGACCAGAGACCAGGAAUAAACCUGAUGUAGAUAAUUAUCCAUGGUGGUAUGUACCAUCUCAAAGACAGGAAUAUAACACAGAAGCCAGUGCUUUUGUUAAUCCCAGCCAUAUUUCUCGUAAGUCUCUCACUAAAUCCGAAGAAUCAGUGCCUUCCAAGAAGUCACCCUCAACUGGAGACAAAACAACAAAUGAUGAUUUACCGUGGUGGUAUUAAAUAGCUGAAGAAAAAAUAUACAUUAGCAGGUUAUUCCUCCAUCCUCAUUUGUUCCAUAGUCUCAGAUUCAAUGCGAAGCAGCAUUUUUUCCCAUGAAACUGAGCACAUCUCUGGCUACUACCAUAUCAAAAAUAGUAUUUGUUUGCUACAACAUUCCGUCUCUGAAGACGAAAAUGUCGCCACAUUUUCGUCUUCAGAGACGGAAUGUUGUCUGGUGCUCAAAGUAAGCUCAGGCCACUUGCACACUUGUUCUAGACACCAAAUGAGGAAUUGCGGUUUUACCAGACGCCACAAAUUGAGAAAUUGCCAGAGUUAAAUAACAACCUUAGCUAGUAGAUGUAAAUCACCACAAUUACAUCCUCUUUAGAGGUACCUUCAGUUUCUACACAUACAGAUGCUCACGGCAUUAUCAAACUACUUCUGCCCUAAUCCAAAACUCAAAGCUGGUGCCACAGUCAUUUGUAAUGGCCUCGAAUCAUUGUAGAAUUCAAGAGUCCAAUAGCAAAUUUACGCAAGAAGAUCGGGAUAGUAAACGAUUAAAGUCUUCAACUUCUUCCAAGUCACUUUCAAUUUGUGAAUACGCAAACGAGUGGUUGGGGUAAGUUUAUUGCAUUUUAGCUAUACUCUCAGCUUUAGGCGUGCAUGCCACAGUCUACUGCGAAUUCGCCUCCAACUGAGGAGACACCGGAGGCAAGGAGAAUUUGGCCAGUAGAUUAAAAGAUUUCCAUUUAAGGAACGUCUAGUCUGUGAGUGAAAAACAGUAAAGUUAUUUAUUUUUGCCUUUACAUCUCCUAUCUAAGCAUACUGAUAUUAUAAAUGCGAAAGUACACUCAGUCAGGGUAAUUUUUUAUUAGCAAGGCUAUCUUUGGACCACUCACUAUUUUUGGUUGAAAUGCCUGCUGCGCCACUUCCUUCCAUUAUUUUGUACUAACAGCAUUAAAUUACAUUACCUCCCUCGUUUCUACUUAGUAUGUUAGUUGUCUUUCAACCUUCUUACAAGCUCUCAGGCUUAUGAUUUUUCUUUAAUGGCACUAGCUGUGAAGAGAGCUUUUGGCAGCAGUGAUUUAAGUCGAACAAUGCCAAGUCUACACAGAUAUAUUAAUACUUCAAAGUAAACCUGCAAUACUGAAUUAACACUGUUUGUUUUUACUUCUUAUUAACACCCGACUUUCUUCUGUCGUAAUCUAAGUUUACCCAGAUCAUUAGGUGUUGGAGAAAUACUAUGUUUCAGUAUAUCCAUUGUGGAUGACGAACCGCGACUGUGUUUAAAUUGGCUAUUUAUCUUGUAAUAAAUAUGCAACCAGCGACUGGUUGCAUAUUUAUUAGAAGCUAAAUUGCAAGUGCUACGUUUUUAAAGACAGGUCUUAAGUUACCCUAAAUGACAGUAUGUUUUGUACCAGUAUUACAAUAGAAAUUUUACUCUAAUAGGGUAUAGUUAGAGUACGUUUACGCUUUCCCAAGCACUCAGUAACUAUAGAUACAAAUUGUUACAAUGUUUGUAGCGUCGUGUAACUUAUGCUGUGUCCAGUAUGAUCUAAAAAUGGAACAAAGUUACCCCCACUGAGUGUAUUUUUGUUAUGUUUUCAUUGCUAAACCACUGAACGGAUUUGGUAUGGAGAUAGCCUGGAACCUGAAAAAGAACAGUGCCUACUUGGAAAGUGUAUAGUACCAGAUGCUUGUUUAUUUGAACCACCUUGCACAAAUUAGGCAAAAAUGUUUACUCUACGAAAAGCUCUUCCCUCUUCGACGAAAAAUUGUAGUCUUUUUUGCUGACUUCAUCUACUAUAGACAGCUGUUCUGACAUUUAACACCAAUUGUCAUGUUUAAAACUGAUCCAUUUGUAUGAGAGGCUACUGGAAAACUUUUUUUUAUUUACAACUAUGCAUUUAAGUUUGUUUACAAACUGGCCUUAUUAUCUUGAAACUACCUGUCAGCACACAUUCAUAGGUUUGUCUAGUAGGCGAAUUCAUGGUGUUGGAAACACUGUUUGUACAUAUCUACAUCGAUGUGUGAGAGCUCCCGCUCUGUUUUUCUCUCGACCACUUAUACUCCUCCGGGUCAGUGUUCUUCCAUGCCCCUCUUUAUGGUCAGAAACAAGACGAGCAUCUCUUAGCUUCUAUUUUUAAAUGGCAGCUACUAGUUGUUCUUAUUUUUCCUCAUUUCCUCUUUUUCUACACCCGUUUAGUGUAUGAUUUGGUUCAGUAUGUUGUUUUAUCACACAUGGUUUUUAUUUUUAGCACUUGAAUGCUGUAGCAAAUUAUGUAAAAUCUGUUGACAUAUUUCCACAGUGCAUCUCCAUUAAUGGACACUUAUUACCUUACUACUUUGAUAUUCCUGAAGUAAACAACCUCUUGAUGAGAAUAUGAAUCACAUACUUAUUAAGGGUAAAAAUUUAAAGGGUGUUUUAACAAGAUUUUGUGUAUAUUAAUGGAGUGUGUCAGAUUUAAAAUGAUUGUUCUUUCUGGUGAAUUAGUUUUCUUUUGUCUUAAAUGUAAGUAAUUGUCCUAGAAAUAUACUAAUAAUAUGAUGAUUUGCAGAGAUUCUGUACAAGUGAUAGAAAGAUUGUGAAUCUGAAAUAUGACUUUUGUCUGCCUCAAAUGUAUUCAAUCAAACGUAUAAUCGUUAUACAUGAAGCAUUCCUUUGACCGACUGACUAUUAUUUCACUUCUUCUGAAUACAUUCAAAAAUAUCAUCCCCUUUCAGAUGUACCAUAUUUGUCAACUGUGUAUCAGAGAAAAUACUAUUUUUGAUGGCAAUAUUUUCCUUAACUUCCAAUAUAUGUUUGAAAUUAAAUUACUAAUAGGUUCUCAUAACAGGCUUGGUCAGUUUUUUUUAUGCAAGCAACAUAUCAUUUGAAAUUCCCUCCAUCCCUACCUUGCCCCCUGUCUCAUAGACUAGUUGGUGUUCCUUUUUCCUAAGAUUUUCUAAUAAUUAAAUGUAACUUACGUGAUUUUGGAAAUUGGUUAUGUUCACUC